UUUGUCUGGGUUUCAUUUUAGAAAAAGCAUCUUCUCGGCUUAAGUCAUGACCUGUUGCCCGGUGAAGCGCCCAGUAGUUGGGCGUCCUCGACUUGGCGGCGGCGUUGCUAUGCCAACAAGGCGUGACUCAGCAGCGAUCCUCGCGUAAUCGGCUCGCGCAGGUAAAGGCGGCAGUACGUGGCUCCGUGCGGCGUAGCAGAUUGUGGACGCGAUCUUCGUGGAGCCGGUUCGCAAGCAAUAUUCCGCAGACGACUUAUGAGAUGAUGAUAUAGAGGCAAUAGCGCCUGCUGAUAUUAAUAUGACACAACAAGUUCCAGUCCCACGGGCUUCAUAUUCCCGAGCUCGGGAAAACCUCAUCAAGGCAGUUCCUUCUAACCUCAUCUGCUCACUCACUUGUGGAGGAAAAGAAUGUCGGUAUGAGGUCCUUAACAACUGGACCUUAGAGCAGCAAGCAAUUCGAGGACUCUACUCAACAUGGAUAACGGAUAAUAUUCUUGCUAUGGUACGGCCAUCUACACCUCUAAUAAAGGAAUAUAAGAUUAUAGAACAAUUUUCACAAUGUAACAUCAAGUCUGUUAUCAAUAUGCAAAUUCCAGGGGAGCAUGCCCAUUGCGGAUCACUUCUUGAACCAUCCAGUGGAUUUUCAUAUUUGCCAGAAGUCUUCAUGGAUAAUAAUAUAUUUUUCUUCAACUUUGGCAUGCCAGACUUUGGAGUGUCAUCUCUAAUACGGAUGCUAGAUAUGGUCAAAGUAAUGGCAUUUGCUGAGAAGGAGGGAAAAGUGGCAGUGCACUGCCAUGCUGGAUUGGGAAGGACAGGUGUCCUCAUUGCUUGUUACUUGGUUUAUGCUGCUCAUGUGAAUGCAAGUGAAGCCAUCCACUUUGUCAGGUUAAAGCGCCCUUCUUCUAUUCAAACCCAAGCUCAGAUAAACUUAGUCUAUGACUUUGCCCAGUUCCUUGCUUCCCACUUUGUCAUGUAUGCUACUGUGGACAACAGCACAUACCGUUUCACUCUACAACAGUACCUUAUACGUCAGAAGCAUUUACUACAUGGGGAUGAAGCUCGUAAACUUAAAAAUAUUCCAAAACUUGUGCAUGUAAUUUGCAAAAGAUUAAUUAUGAUUGCACUCAAUAAGACAGAUUAUAGUGCUAUGCAGGAGCAAAUGGAACUUGAAGCAAAAAGAAGACACUUAACCGAAAUGAUAAGACAGACAUUAUCUAGACAGAAGCCUCUAAGCACCAAGGCCAUGUUUAAGGAUCCAGAUAACUUUUUACAUCCAUCAAUUAACUCCUUUAAUUUUUGGAAUGAAAAUGAACAGUUACUGGAGCAAAGAAGAGGAUUACUUUGGACUAAGAGAAGCCACAGUGAUUCUGAUCUCAGGAAGAUUGUCCUGGAAGAGAAAGUAAAGAAUUUACACAGCUCAAGAAUUCCAGUAACAAAAACAAACUCCUCCAGUUCUACAGUGACCAGAUGGAAACAAACAGAAACUUUACUUACUCAAGAACAGGGUGCUGAAAAAAUGCACAAAGACUUAAAGAUUCUUAGUGAAAGAAAAAUGUCUUGUCAAACAGAAACUUUGUGUGUAGGCAAUGAGUUGAAAAAUUCCAGUUUUACAAAAUAUGGAACGAAUAAGGCACCUUGUUAUAAGAGGAGUGUUACAGUAAUGGAGAAGAGUUGGCCUGACUGUGAUUCCCCAAAAUCUCAUAUGUCAGACCUGUCAAAGGUGGUUGCUAUUGCAAUGGCAGCAGACGGAUGCAUUGGGAAAGAGUUCCAGAGAAAAACUCGAUGGUUUCAAACUGAGAUGAAUAAGCCUGAACGUGCCUGGGGCUUGCUGUUGUCCGAGACAGAUCCUAAAGUCCUGAGUUGCUUGCUGUGGUGUUGGUUUGAACAACUUAAGGAACCAGUUUUGUCAUCUGCAGAUAUAGGACUGUUGUCAUCAAGUGAAAAUAAAUCAAAACAUCUCUGGGCUUUACAGAAGUGCCAGGAAGAAACAAUAUUCUGCAUCCUUGAUUGUAUAUGUCAGAUUACCAGCAAGCCCCUGAGCUCAGAAGAGGCUAUCAUUUCUCGAAUGAUCAAAUCUUUUACACAGUGCUCUGAAAAAGCAAAGCAGUAUCCUAGACUGUCAGGACUCUUCAAGGACAUUAUUAAAGAGAAAAGGAAAUUACAGUUUACGUCUUAGUUGGACUGCAUUAACUGAUAUAUGUCUAAAUUCUAUUAUGAUAAUGGCACAGACUGUAAAUCCCGCUGCUUGAAAUAGUGUUUAAAACUUGGCUGUUACAUAUACAGUGUGGCAUAAAGGCUAGAGCAUUAAAAUGGUCAUCCUAAAAGGUUUCAAAUUCAGUCUUCACCUCCAAAUCAUUGUGUCACCCUAAGUAAGCCACUUUACCAGCUGGUGCAAGGUUAACUGUAUAUUGUGCAUCUGUACUUGUAAAGCCAUCUGAGAGUUGCUCUUUAAGUACAAUGGGUUGUUAAAUGAAUGAUAUACCUCAUAAUAGA